UCUCUCUUCUUUAGUUCAAAAAAAAAAGAAACCCUAAUGAUCUAAUCUCUCCCAACUCUCUCAAGUUACAGCCGACAUCAUCCAUUCAUCCAGAUCCACUGAUCCAACGCCGGUCAUCCACAGUCGGUCAUCCACCGCCUGUCAUCCACCAGCGCCGGUCAUCCACAGCCAGUCAUCCACCGCCGGUCAUCUACGCACAGCCGCUCCUUGAGUCUUUUUUCAAAAAUAAAGGUGGAGUCAGAUUCUAUUAAAGUCAUCUACGUUUUCUCAAAGUACGUUCCGUGAGAUGCUUGUAGCUGCUAUCGUUAUGCAUGAGUUACCUUUAUCAUUUGUUUAUUAUAAGGGAUUUAGAGAUUUAUUUAAGUAUCUGCAACCUGAUGUCAAUAUCAUCUCUAGAAAUACUGUAAAAUCUGAUUUACUGAAAAUGUAUAAGAGAGAAAAGGAAAAGGUCAAAGAAAUGCUUAUGGAAUCACCUAGGAGGUUAUGCCUAACUUGAGAUUUGUGGACGUCUAUUGCUACUGAUGGGUGUUUAGCAAUUACAGUUCACUUUAUGGAUAAAGAAUGGGUUUUGCAAAAAAGAGUUUUAUCGUUUUCUUUCAUGCCACCACCUCAUACCGGUGUUGCUUUGUGUGAAAAAAGUGUUUUCUAUUUUAGUAGAGUGGGGCAUAGAAAAUAAAAUAUUUUUUAUGACAUUAGAUAAUGCUUCUUCUAAUGACACUUUCAUUGGGCUUUUAAGAGAACAACUAAAUAAAAAAUUACCACUUGUUUCUAGGGGUAUUUUUUUCACUUGAGAUGUUGUGCACAUAUUUUAAAUUUGAUUGUGCAAGACGGGUUGAAGCAAAUUGAUGAGUGUAUUUACAAAGUGAGAGAGAGUAUCAAGUAUGUUAAAGGGUCUCAACAAAGGAAGGAAAAGUUUAUAAAGUGUGUUCAGUUGCUUUCUUUGAAAAGGAAAAAGGGGUUAAGGCAAGACGUCGUUACUAGGUGGAAUUCUACCUUUUUAAUGCUUGAUAGUGCCCUUUUUUAUCGAUGAGCCUUUUGCCAUUUAGAAUUGAGUGAUUCUAAUUAUAAGCAUUGUCCGAAUGCAUUAGAGUGGGAAAAGAUUGGAAAGAUGUGUUCUUUUCUUGGAGUGUUUUAUGAUAUCACAAAUGUUUUUUCGGGUACAAAAUAUCCAACUGCAAACUUGUAUUACCCACAAGUUUUUAUGGCUUACUUGACUUUGAAAGAGGGUAUGGGUUCAGAAGACGAGUAUAUGAGAAAUAUGGCUGACUUGAUGAUGACAAAGUUUUAGAAAUAUUGGUCUGCCUUUAGUCUUACUUUAGCCAUAGAUGUGGUGUUGGAUCCUAGAUACAAAUUGCACUUUAUCGAGUGGAGUUAUUCACAAGUUUAUGGACGUGAUAGCAAGGAAUAUGAAUAUGUUGAUGAGGUUUUGCACUCUACUUUUCAUGAAUAUGUUGAGUUAAAUAUGGAUGGUGGUUCUUCUACAACUUCAAAUGUCGCAAGUACUUCAGAUGCUAGCAAAGGAGUUGAGGAAACGGGAGAUGAUGAUUCAACAAGUGUCUUUGGAGUUAGAGCUAGACUUAAGGACUUUGAUCAGUUUCAAAGUAAAGAUUUUCUAGCUAACAAAAAAACAGAAUUGCAAUUGUAUUUGGAUGAGUCAAGAGUUGAUAGGAACUCGAACUUAGAUGUUUUGACUUUUUGGAAAGCCAAUGAGUUUAGAUAUCCCACACUUGCAAGGAUGGCAAGAGAUUUUUUGACAAUUCCGGUUUCUACCGUCGCAUCGGAGUCCACAUUUAGUGCAAGUGGAAGAGUUCUUAAUGAACAUCGAAGCUCACUUGGUAAAGAUACCGUUGAGGCUCUAAUAUGCACAAAGGAUUGGUUAUAUGGAGAUUAUUGUUCUAACGAAGUUAAUUUGGAUGAGCUCACUGAAGAUAUAAUGUCACUUGAUAUUAGUGGAGAAUCAAAUGCUUCAAACUCAAUGAACAAUUCUAAGGUAACCACUCCAAAUGCUUUGAGUAGUGUUGCUAAAAAACAAUGAACAAUCAAAGGUUUGAAUUGUUGGAAUUAAAGAUCUGAGAAGAGAACCAUGGGAACUUGGAAACUUUGAACUUGUUUUUAAUGGAUGUAUUGAAUUAUUUAAGUCUUUUGUGAUUUGCCGUUUAUGGAUUUUUGUUUUAAACUUGUUAAGUAUUCGGUAUUUAUGGAUUAUUUAAGCUGUUUGUGAACUUUUGGCGAGUUUUGUUUCACUAAACAGGUUCUAAAUAUGUGAUUAUUUUAGUGUUC